GCUCACCAUCAAGCAUUCUUAGUACGGGAGUACCUACUGGUUCUAUCAUGUUGUGGAUAGAUCAGUUAAAAGGAGCUCGUGUAUUCAAAAAUUAUGAAGAUAAACUGAUUUUUCAAAGAAUGAAAUUGCUGGUGUGGGUGCUCCUGCUGUGCUCCUCUGUGAUGGCACAACAGCACAGAGAUUCCACUCUCGAUCAUCACUGGGAUCUCUGGAAGAAAACCUAUAGGAAACAAUACAAGGAACAGAAUGAGGAAGUAGCACGGCGUCUCAUCUGGGAAAAGAAUCUAAAAACUGUGAUGCUUCACAAUCUGGAGCAUUCAAUGGGAAUGCAUUCAUAUGAUCUAGGCAUGAACCACCUGGGAGACAUGACCAGUGAAGAAGUGAUAUCUUUGAUGAGUUCCCUGAGAGUUCCCAGCCAAUGGCAGAGAAAUGUUACUUACAAGUCAAACCCUAAUCAGAAAUUGCCUGAUUCUCUGGACUGGAGAGAGAAGGGGUGUGUUACUGAAGUGAAAUACCAGGGCUCUUGUGGUGCUUGUUGGGCUUUCAGUGCUGUGGGAGCCCUGGAAGCCCAAGUGAAGCUGAAAACAGGAAAGCUGGUGUCUCUGAGUGCACAGAACCUGGUGGAUUGCUCAACUGAAAAAUAUGGGAAUAAAGGCUGCAAUGGUGGCUUCAUGACAGAGGCUUUCCAAUAUAUCAUUGAUAACAACGGCAUCGAUUCAGAAGCUUCCUAUCCCUACAAAGCCACGGAUGAAAAGUGCCAGUAUGAUGCAAAAAAUCGAGCUGCUACGUGCUCAAGGUAUACUGAACUUCCCUUCGGCAGUGAAGAUGCCUUAAAAGAAGCUGUGGCCAACAAAGGACCUGUGUCUGUUGCUAUAGAUGCACGUCAUUCUUCUUUCUUCUUCUACAGAAGUGGUGUCUACUAUGACCCCUUGUGUACUCAGACUGUGAAUCAUGGUGUACUGGUGAUUGGCUAUGGUAACCUUAAUGGGAGAGACUACUGGCUUGUGAAAAACAGCUGGGGCCUCAACUUUGGUGACCAAGGAUAUAUACGGAUGGCAAGAAAUAGUGGAAAUCACUGUGGGAUUGCUAGUUAUCCCUCUUAUCCAGAAAUCUAGAGGACCUCUUUGUUUUAUAACAAUUCAAGAAAGAAGAAACACUUUCUCACAAUUUAAUUUUACCUGCUGUAACCAGUAGAAAUGUGUGUCAUG